CUCACAGAUGAGUUUCCUGAUGCAGUCUACAAGCUAUUCAACAACCGAAAGCUCGCAGCAAAGGCCUAUAAGGAAUGUAAGCGUACUGGUGUUCUGGACAUUUUCAAGUCCCCAGUGCAGGCAAAAGAACACCUUAUCGUUGUCAAAGGCGAAAAUCCAGGGGUGUAUAACCGAUGUACGCUGAUGAAGCAUGGACUCUGCUGGCAUGGAGGCAAGGUUAUUGUUCAUAUUGGUACCCGCUAUGAUGCUCAGCAAGCCUUCCUUGCAUUAAAGAAUAACCAUCAGACUUACGAGCUUCCAAAG